AUGGCUUCCAGAGAAGAUAUUGCUGAGGAUGUCACUGAACUUAUUGGUAAUACUCCUAUGGUCUACUUAAGAAAAGUAGGACGAGGUCUGCACGGAACAAUCGCUGCGAAAGCUGAGUACAUGAAUCCUGGCUGUUCGGUGAAAGAUCGAAUUGGACUGUCCAUGAUUCAGUGCGCUGAGGAUGCUGGCAAGAUUCGUCCUGGUCUUACUACUCUCAUAGAGCCGACUUCGGGAAAUACUGGUAUCGCAUUAGGAAUGGUUGCUGCCGCUAGGAACUAUCGACUCAUCAUUACCAUGCCGGCAAGCAUGAGUAUUGAAAGGCGUACACUAUUGAAAGCUUAUGGAGCAGAACUUGUACUCACGGAUCCAGCUCUUGGAAUGAAAGGAGCUAUCCAACGUGCUAACGAGCUACAUCGAAAUAUCCCCAAUAGCUUCAUUCUUGCACAGUUCGACAAUCCAUCCAAUCCCCAAAUACAUUAUCUGACGACAGGCGCUGAAAUUUGGAGGCAAACAGAGGGACAGGUGGAUGCAUGCGUUUUUGGUAUUGGAACCGGAGGAACCAUUACAGGAGUUGGCCAAUUUCUCAAAGAGCAGAAUCCCAAUGUAAAGAUGUAUGCAGUGGAACCAAUGGAGAGUGCAGUGCUUAGUGGGCGUAAACCAGGCCCUCAUCGUAUCCAAGGUUUGUCUCUGCUGAUAGUUUUCUAUUAUACCUUCUUGAAGCUCUGUUACAACAGUAAUGUUGGUAUUUCACUCUGA